GUCACUGGACCGGGCCAAAACUUCCUUCCAGGACGGAGAACCCUUUGCAGUGGCAGCCCACCUCCGUCCUUUCCUCCUCCCUCCCUCCCAGCGGCGGCGACGGACGACGGCUAAACCCCACCGGACACAACCGACCAAUCGCCCGGCCCCGCCGCCUACCGUGGAGCCAGCGCAGCCGCCUCCGCAUUCAGAAGCAUGCCGAGGCCUCCUCCGCCAGGCCGAGGGGCUCCUGGCGCCAGGCGGCCGAUGCGGGACUUCUUCGCGGCCUGGCUCGCCACCCUCCGCUCGCCGCUCCUCCCGUUGCUCCGCCGCGCGCUCUCCUCCUCCCCCGGCUCCUGGAACGACCCAAUAUCCUCGGCCGCCGCUGCCGUCGAGGCCCACUUCGAGGCGCACUGGUCCGCCCUCGACUCGGCCGCCCGCCAGGACCCCGCCCAGGUCAUCUGCGCCGGGGAUUGGCGGUCGCCCCUGGAGCUCCCCUUCCUCUGGCUCGGCGACUUCCACCCCUCCCUCCUCACCUCCCUUCUCCGAUCGCUAUCGCCAUCGCCGCGGCUCCUCGCCUCCGCCGACCGCGUCGACCGCCGAAUCCGCGCCGCCGUCCCCGUCGUCACCGACCGCCUCCGCCACGCCCAGGAGGUCUUCACCUCCGCCGAGGUGGCUGGUGGGGCCGACCUGGAGGCGUUCUUGGAGGAGCUCAAGGACGUCGCCCUCGAGGCUAAUCGGCUCCGUCGAGGCGUUCUUUCGGAGCUCGUUGCUGCCGCCGGUGGGCACCAGGCGGCUCUCUUCCUCGAAGCUCUGUCGCGCUUCGUGCUCUCCAUGCACGACCCGGAGGUGCUCCGCCGCUUCGACCAUUGUCGCCCCUCGCCUGAUGUGCGAGGAAAACGCUGUGCAAAGUCUGGAAUGGUGGAAUGGCUUGUGACUGAAGCUGUUUACGGCAUCUUUGGGAGACACGAGACGCGGUAGCAACGGCCGAGGGAGGAGCGAGGAGACCAAACCGAGAUUUCCUUAUUAGCGGCUAGCGGCGCAUCAGGUGUGGUGGAUGGAGGUGGCUGGCGUCCAGUCCAGUCGACUCGAAAAUCGUUACUGACUUCCAGGGGCCAGCUGCAUGCAUGGAUCCGACUGGACUGGAUCGGGGGAUUUCCAAAAACGCAUCACGUCGCCAGCACUGACGUCUCAGUGUUAACACCUGUUCAAAAUCGACACAAUACCAUACCGUUUUGGUUCAGUUGGGGGCAUUGAAAGGGAAAAGGCGACUCGUGGUAGCUGCACGUUUUGUUUAUAGACUAUAGUGUUGACACCGUCUAAGCAAAAGGUUAGUGUUAACAUCGGCAUGAAGUAGUCUAGCCACCGGCCGUUGAGCGUUGCUGUAUUCUAUUUUGCACGUAGUUAUGGAGCAGAAGUUUCUUGAGAAAGAAAUGUGUGAGGUCCGUUUCAGUCAGACUGUCAGAGUAUCAAUCAAUCAACCAAAUCUUUUGCUUGCUCUGAGAAACAAUAUUCAUAUGAUCA